AUGGCCAUGGCCAAGGCCAAGGAUUCGAAGAGGCUGACGACAGCUACUGCUUUAUCUUCAAUGUGUUUGAUUCUGUUCCCACUCAUAUAUGUUUUACUCUCCCCUUUGGAUAUCUCCCCUUUGGAUAUCUCCCGAUUUGAUCACUGGAAACAAAUAUCAAAUUGGAGUGGUAGUGGUGGUGAUGGUGCAAGUCUAAGCGGCAGUAAUAUAGAGCAUGAAAGGAUGGAAGAUGAAGAUUAUUCUCUCAAGUUCCUACUAAGAAGACUAGUACAAGGGAGAGAUCGAACGGAGCUAGACACCACCGGCUUUACCUGCAAAUCUGAUCUCGUCACCGACAUCUGUGUUGCCAACCAGCUUGUGAGGUUGGAUACACAUUGGCAUCGCACACGUUCAUUAAUGGUAUACUUAUCUUCCAACAACUCUACACAGCCACGCACGGUUAGGCCAUACGCCAGGAAGAAUGAUGCGGCAGCCAUGAAAUUGGUCAGGCCAGUGGAGAUUCAGACACUGACACUGCACACAGCCACCGCCACCGCCACCGCCAUAGAAGGGCAGAAACAACAGCUUCUAGCUUGCGAUGUCACCCAUGAUGUUCCUGCUGUUGUCUUCUCCUCCGGCGGUUACACCAGAAAUCUCUUCCAUGAUUUCAACGACAUCAUCCUUCCACUAUUCAUCACUUGCCGUCAGUUCCAAUCCCGACUAAAGUUCAUCGUCACCGAUUACAAACCGUUGUGGGUGAAGAAAUACCACCAGAUCCUCUCCCAUUUAUCCGACUACGAGAUUAUUAAUCCGGUGAGAGACCAACGUAUACAUUGCUUUCCGGCGGCCGUGAUUGGUCUAAACUACCAUGAUAAUCUCGCUUGCAAUGCUAAGGACCUACCGUUUGGGUAUUCCACAAUGGACUUUAAGAGAUUCCUUCAUGACGCCUUCAACCUCAAAUUCAUUAGUUUGGACAUUAUACAAAAUCAAAAGCCUCUCCUUAUCCUUUUUUCACGUCAGAAGUCACGCAGGUUCUUGAACGAAGAUGAGAUGGUGAAGGUGGCAGAUGAAUUAGGGUUUCGAGUGAUUGUAGCAUUGCCUAAUCGAACAUCGAAUAUAGCUGAGUUUGCUAAGGAAGUGAACUCAUGUAGUGUGAUGGUGGGUGCCCAUGGUGCAGGCCUUACGAAUGCAGUGUUCUUGCCGGCGGGAGCGGUGCUGGUACAGGUGGUGCCGUUAGGGUUGGAGUGGCUUUCCAAUACCUAUUACGGUAAGACUUUUACGCCGAUAGGUGUACGAUACUUGGGAUAUCGGAUCCGUCCAGAAGAGAGCUCACUCUUGGACGUGUACGGUUCAGAUCAUCCUGUCAUCACAGAUCCACAAUCCUUAUAUCGUAAAGGCUAUUCAGUUGCUCGGGCUGUGUACUUAGAUGAGCAGGAUCUGAAGCCUACGCCACUCAGGUUCAGGGAGACCCUUGAAGAAGCGCUUAGACUUCUCUGA